CCCGGGGGUUGGGGACCGCUGAUUUAAAAUACACAGGUUACGGUGACACACUGCACUGCACCCUCUUGUGGCACAAAGUGGUCUUACAACAAAGUACAGCUUUUAUCUUUGACACACACGUGUUUGGUUAAAUUCAGAGCAUUUGCCUGUUUAAAUUCCACUGAAAGCUUUAAUUUAGUUUAUGAGGUUUAAUAUUUUUUACACCCAAGAAUGAACAAUAAGCAGCUUUAAAGGAACAGUCGCUGAGUUAAACGUGUGACCUGUAGCUUUAACGCAAACGAGUAACAACAGGCGUCGCCAGGCCACGUGGGACUGAAUAAAUCAAGACGCCUCUUCUCAGUGACCUCGUGUCACGCUGUACCGAGUGGCUCCCUACAGCUGAGCAGUGAAGACCCUUUAAUCUGAACCAGCAGGAUGAACCAAUCAGCUGCAUGGUUUUUACUUUGAGUAAAUGAAAGGUUAGAGUAACUAAAGUAAGAACAGUCAGUGCGACUCUGACAGCUGUCAAACACGUUCAUCUUGCACUGCUUCCUCCUUAUUACAUUUGUCAUUAGACCACAUGCACACUUGGUCUGAUGUGGUGAGAGUCUGUUUUGUUUCUCUCAGUGAGCCGACUCGCUGUGACAGCAGACGUCACCAAAUCAACAAUUUGACUCAUCCGUGCCAGCGUGGCUGGAAACUGCAGCUUGACUGGUUGGUGGAGAUCAGCAACCACUGGGCGUUGGUGGGAGUUUGAGAUACGGUGCAUUUUGCCGUGACUUAUUUUCUAACAGCUGCAAACUGAAGGUGUGUUCAGUGUGUGUGUUAGUGUAACCUCAACGAUGCUUUGCUACAAACAGGAACUAUUAAAGAUAAAUUUAAGGAGCCUCCACUUGAUGCUGUUUACUGCACAGAGUCAUUUGCUUUUCUCAGGAACCGUCUCUGCAGCGUCACAGCUGUUUUUCCGCAUUAUCUGUGUGUGUGUGUGUCGAUGAAGACUACACUAGUGUCCACCUGCAGCAGUGAGUGUGUGCUGUCAUCAGUCAUCCUAAGCUGGUCUCAGUGGCUUCUGUGUGGCUUUGUGACCCACCCUCUUAUGUGGGCGCCCUGGAAGAGAUGCUGGUGGCUCUGAGGAAAAGCCCGAGCAAACCAACACCAGAGGUCCUGGCUGAAUACACGAGAAAAGUCAACUUUCUGAAAGGAACUCUAGAAGCAGAGAAGCUGUCUUCACCAACAGAAAAAGCUUUAGCUAAUCAGUUCCUCGCCCCCGGUCGGACGGCCACGAUGGCCAACGAGAGGAUGUCUGUCACUAAAAAAGUCCACACGCAGACGAAGGCGCGGUGCACGGGAGAGAUGAGGGACGAGCUGCUCGGCACGGGGUCGUCGGGAAAAGACGGAGACUUGAGGAACCGAAGAUGUUUUCCUCUGGACGAGCGUCAGUCUGCCGCAGAGCUGGACGCCGUCCUGCAGCAUCACCACAACCUGCAGGAGAAGCUGGCUGAAGACAUGCUGAACCUGGCCAGAAAUCUGAAGAACAACACUUUGGCUGCGCAGAACAUCAUCAAACAAGACAACCAGACUCUGAGCCAGUCCAUGCGUCAGGCGGACCUGAACUUCGAGAAGCUGAAGACGGAGUCCGAGCGGUUGGAGCAGCACACGAAGAAGUCUGUGAACUGGCUGCUGUGGCUGAUGCUCAUCCUAGUCUCCUUCACCUUUAUCAGCAUGAUCCUCUUCAUCAGAAUCUUCCCCAGACUCAGAUGAUGACCGUGAUCAUCCUCUGAACUCUUAGUCCCGACACGCUCCCGUGUUUACAAGAGCAGAGUCUUCACAGGCCUCCGUAGAGCUACAGCGAUACAGAUCAGUAGCUGUCAGCACCAAAACAAAUCAGUUUCACGGACUGUCACUUUACACUUUUGAAACUGAAAUCUUUCUCCUCCACAUUAAAGUUUAAAUCACGACUCGAA